AUGAACUCUUAUGGUAAUUAUUUACCUCACCGUGCAGUGAUAAAACUAAGCAGCAGCACUACUCCAAUUCGUCCGGUGUUUGACGCUUCAGCGAGAUUAGCAAAUUAUCCAUCUUUGAAUCAGUGCUUGGAAUGUGGUCCUAAUCUCAUUGAGCUUAUUCCAAAUAUUCUUCUUCGAUUCAGAGAGGGACAGCUUGGCGUUAUAGCUGACAUCAGGAAAGCUUUUCUGCAAAUUAGUAUUCGUAAAGAGGAUAGAGACUUCCUUCGGUUUUUGUGGUGGGAAAAUAGAGAAGAAAAGAAAUUGAGAGUUUUUCGUCACACAAGAGUUGUUUUUGGGGUAAAAUGUAGCCCUUUUCUUUUAGCUUCAGUAAUUGAGUACCAUAUUCAAAAAUGUGAAGGAUUUGAAAAAUCUUUGAAGAAAAGACUUUUGGAGAGUUUCUACAUUGAUAAUGUCGUUACUAGUGUCGACAGUAAAGACCAAUUAGAUCGAUUCAUUGACAAUUCUAAAACCUUGAUGGCAAAAGGUGGUUUUGAUCUUAGAGAAUGGGAAUGGUCUGGCGACUGUGAAACUAAUUCAAAGGAAGAAACUCAGGUAUUAGGUCUUAUUUGGAAUAAGAAAUUAGACACUUUGAAAAUUAACAUGAAAUGGCUGGAUGGCAUUAAUGUGGAAAAAGUAACUAAAAGGAGUAUGUUAUCUACAGUACAUAAAGUAUUUGAUCCUUUUGGAUUCACUGCACCAGUGAUGCUCUGUCCGAAAAUAAUGCUACAAAAGGCAUGGACAUUAGGUACAAGUUGGGAUGAAGAAGUAACUGGUGAGCUUCGUAAAGAAUUUCUACAGUGGUUUCAAGAACUUAAGCAUUUGUCUGACAUACAGAUUCCUAGGUGUGUUCAAGCUUCUUCAAAAGAUAUAAGCAACUGCACUAUUCAUACGUUUGUUGAUGGAAGCAAAGAUGCAUAUGCUGCUGUUACAUUCCUUAGAAUAGAAAAUAAUGGUCGAAUCGAGCUAUUUCUACUUGCAGCGAAAUCUCGAGUGGCUCCUUUAAGAGGCACAACUAUCCCAAGAAUGGAACUUCUUGCGGCGGUGAUUGGAGCGAGGCUAGCGAAUUCAGUUGUUGAAGCUCUUGGUUGGAAAAAUGUUACGAUAUAUUACUGGAGUGAUUCUACAACAGUGCUUGCAUGGAUAUUACGAGAAGAAAAUUGGUCUGUCUUCGUUAGGAACAGAGUCCAAGAGAUAAGGAAGUUGAGUAAUCCUACAUCAUGGAGACACAUACCUGGUGAUAAGAAUCCGGCAGAUUUACCUUCCAGGGGCUGCAAGGCAAAACAUCUAGUCUCCCUAAGAUGGUGGGAGGGUCCACAAUGGAUGAAAAAUGCUUUUGAAUUUCAAAACAUUAUGGGUUCCACCAACCAUGAUUGGAAUGAAGAAGAGAUUAGAAAGGAAAAGUCUAAGACGACUUUUAUAUUAUCAAAUAAUGAAGCCUGUGGUGUUGCAAACUGGUACUACAGAUAUUUUUCGAACUAUGAUAGAAUAGUUCGUCUUGUUGCAUGGAUCCUCCGCUUCAUGAACAACUGCAAAAAUAUAACUGAGAAGAAGCAUGAAAAUAGAGUAAAGGAUGCUGCGGUGUUUCAGAUAACUGGCGUUGAUAUGGCUGGACCUUUAUUCCUUAAAGACAAGAAGAGCUGGGUUCUGAUUUUUACUUGUGCAGUGUACAGAGCAGUUCAUUUCGAGCUUGUUACUGCUGCAUCGACUGAUGUUUUUUUAAUGGCCUUUAGGAGAUUUGUUUCUCGCAGAGGAAGAUGCACAACAAUAUACUGCGAUAAUGGCUCCAAUUUUGUUGGAGCAGCCAACUAUUUAAAACAACUGGAUUGGAACCGCAUCCAAAAAUAUGGAGCAAUAAACUCUAUUGGCUGGAAGUUUAAUCCUCCAACUGCUGCCUGGUGGGGCGGAUGGUGGGAGAGAUUAAUUAGAAUUUUAAAAGAUCUUUUGAAGAAAGUGUUAGGACAGGCACGUCUCAAUUAUGAGGAGAUGAUAACGGUUUUGGCAGACUGCGAGCGUGUAAUCAACUCAAGACCUCUAACUUACAUUUGCGAAGAGGAAGCUAUAAAACCAAUUUCUCCAUCGAUGUUCAUACAAGAUGUGCAUGAAUGCAAUCUUCCUGAUAUAGAUGCUGUAGAGCAAAAUUCUAAGAAUGAGAUUGCUCAUGCCCAGAAUGUCUGA